CUUCCGGCGGAGCCCUCGGUCUUCGCGCAUCGCCGUCAUGGCAGCCGAAGAGAAGGAUCCUCUGAGCUAUUUCGCAGCUUACGGGAGCAGCAGCUCAGGCUCCUCCGACGAGGAGGAUAACAGCGACCCGGAGGAAACCAGUCGCAGAGCUCCGGAUCCGGCAAAGUCGGCGGGCGGAUGUGGGAACAAGACGGAGAAGCGGCUGCCUGGACCUGACGAGUUGUUCCGGAGCGUGACUCGUCCGGCCUUUCUCUACAAUCCGCUUAACAAACAGAUAGACUGGGAGAGGCACGUCGUCAAGGCUCCUGAGGAGCCUCCAAAGGAAUUCAAAGUCUGGAAGUCAAACUAUGUUCCACCUCCAGAGACCUACACUACUGAGAAGAAACCUCCUCCUCCAGAGCUGGAUAUGGCAAUAAAAUGGUCUAACAUAUAUGAAGACAAUGGUGAUGAUGCCCCACAGAACGUUAAGAAAGCUAGGCUUCUCCCAGAAGGGGAGGAGACAGUGGAAUCAGAUGAAGAAAAAGAUGAGCAUACUUCUAAAAAGCGCAGAGUAGAACCAGGAGAACCGACAAAGAAGAAAAAGUAGAAAACAGCAAACAACAAGAAAUUUUGGACUGCAAAACUAUUGAAAUGUUUUUUUGACAGAUAAGUUGAUAUUGUAAAUUAUUAUGAAACAUCAUCCUCAUGAAAGUACAUGAAUUAACUAAUAAGUAUUGCUGCAGGAACUUCCCACUGUAGAAUUCACUUUUUAUUUAAAAUUUGUGUGUAUUUAAAACUCAGAUGGUGACUUGUGAUUGUGAAGUUGACAACACUUGGGAGCUUUCUUGCUAUCAGAAUUGGUGACAUGCUUUAAGCGUUCUGUCACAUGUUGACAUGCCAAUGUCCUAUGAACCUUUUAUAAAGGAAUAUAUUUUUAAAGUAAAUAUAUUGUAACAUACUGUGAACUUGUAGGGUGCUUUUCAACAGUGUUUGUACAGUGUAAAUAGAUCAUGGAAAUAAAAGUGCUUAUUCAAUAUUACUGUUACUGCAUAACAUUAACAUCUGAAUAUCUGUGACAAAUACUCUCUUUGCCAUGUGAUGUUAGUAGUAGGUAUUAGCAUUUAGGGAGUGCCUCCUGUGUUCCGGGGGCUUUGUGCGUAUAUUAUCUCUGAUCUGCUAACAGCCUAGUAAAGCAUGUGUUAGUAGCCUCAUUUUAUAAUAAAGAGUGAUUAACUUCUCCCAGGUUACACAGCAAGUGAGAAAUUAAUUUGGGAUUCAAUUCAUGAUAUUUGAACUCGAAAAUCGUCACACUAAACUACCUGUCCACCAGUCAAUUUAGGAACUGCAUUUGGUAUCUCUUCCAGGUACUCUUGUGGUAGUUAGUGGAGCGCCUCUCCUCGUGUGAUUGUUCAUAUUACUGCGCUUAUCAUACACAUACACCUUACUUGUCAGUUUCCCUGUUAAAUAGUAAGUUUUGCUAAAGAUAAUCUUCUACAAAGAGUUGUCAGAUGCCUCAAAUAAAAAUACAGGACAUAUAGCUAAGUUUGAAUUUUAGAUAAACAUCAAAUAAUGUUUUAGUGUAGGUAAUAUUUAGGACCUGUUUAUACUAAAAAUUUAUGAGAAAUUCAAAUUUAAAUGGGUAUCUUGUAUUUUUAUCUGCCAACUCUAUUUCUAUGUGUUUACCCACCUCCUAUUUUAGUGCUUUGCGUAUUGUAAUAAUAAAAUCAACAAGGUUGUAGUUAGGAAGAGAAUCUUUGACUUGACUUACACAGUCCAAAAUACAGUGCUGCUAUUUGUGACAUUUUGAACAAUAA